UUUUGAUAAUGAAAUCUUUAGCGGCAAGUUUAGAGGUCCAGGAUACAGAGAAGAAGCAGCACAAAUCCUUGUUUAGACUGGUCCUAUUGGUUAUGAUGAAAGCUAUACCACUUCUGAUUGCUUCCCUUGGAAAUGCAUUUAGUUUGACAAUAACAAUGAUUUUCUUAGCGAGAAAUACUACCGAUCCUUACAUGUAUGGAGCCAUUGGAAUGGGAACUAUGACCAUGAAUAUGAUUUUGAGAAGUUAUUGCCAUGGAUUCAAUAAUUCUCUGAUCACUCAUCUCUCGCAUGCUUAUGGAGCCAAGGAUUACGAAUUGAUGGGAAUAGUAUUGAGCAAAUCAAGGAUUCUUUGGUCGAUUUUAAUCAUACCAUUCUUAGUACUGCUGUUCUUCACAAGGCCACUAUUGCUCUUGCUACAUCAGGAGGAACUGUUAGCAUAUCACACAGGCUACUAUGUCCAGAUCUGAAUGGCGGGAUUUGUGUUUCAUUUACAUUACGACAUUUACAGGAAAUAUCUGAACUCAAUGUCGAAGUUCUGGACUCAUGUGCCAGUGACUUACGUCUCCCUUAUUAUGCACAUUGGGUGGUGUUAUGUUUUUAUUGUUAGGCUGAAAUUAGAGCUGCUAGGAGCAGCCCUAACUGUGCUGAUCCAGUUCAUUACUAAUUUUGUGGUGAUUUGGGCCCUCACGAUGAUUAAUAUCAGAAGUAAGAACUCAAACUUAGUUCCUACCUGCAAGAGCGAGGUAUUUCAUGACUGGGGCAAGCUCUUUCUGAGUGGAUGUCCGACUUACUUUUUACAAUUGAUCUCUUUCUUAUCCAUCGAGUCAGUUGUCUUGAUAACUGGGUUCCUGGAAGUAAAGAUUUUGGUAGCUAAUACAGCUUUGAUAAAUUUACUUAAUAUCUUGUAUCUCUUUAUUUAUGCAGUGAUGCAGAGCUCAAGUGCUCUUAUUGGUAACAAGAUUGGAGAAAAGGACUUUGCUGAAGGAAGAAGACUGAUUAUAGCUGUCAUGAUCUUUGGAAUACUGUUUUCAAUCACUAUUUCACUCAUUUUGGUCAUGUUUUCAGAUUGGAUUUUCAGACUUUAUGUCCAAGAUUCUGAUAUUAUUCCGGUUAUGUACAAAAUUAUGCCAAUUUUUGUGUGUACUCUAGUGUGCUAUAUUAUGAAAGAUAUUAGUCAAACUGUGAUUAUUGGCUUAGGAUUACAGAAAAAGACAGUAGCUUUUAACAUUCUUAGCUUUUUACUGAUAGGAGUUCCAGUCUCUAUUUAUGGCCUCAGAUGGCCAUACACAGGACCUUGGUUAGGAAUCUGCUUGACUCUGUCCUUAAAUUCCUGAUAUUACAUGCUGUUAAUUUUCAAAAGUGACAUUAUCAGAGGCUAACUCCUCGAGGCAGCAUCAUCACAACCCAAUAAUCUUUCAACAUAC